UCCGCCUAACCCGGAUACAGACGGGCCGCUGCCUUUCACCCCGGCUCGCAGGGGAGCGUGGAGCCGGGGCUGGCCCGGCGGCAGGAGACGCUGCUGCCGUGGCUGCCGCGCCGCGGGGGAAGGAGGGGAGCCGCCGCCGCGGCCUCGCGUGCCGGCGGUGCCAUGGGGCCGUGGUGAGCGCCCGCCGCCGGAGCCCGCCCGCCGCCCGCCUCGCUGCGCCCCCGUGGCGGCCAUGGCCCCCAUGGGGAUCCGCCUCUCCCCCCUCGGCAUGGCCGUGUUCUGCCUCCUGGGGCUGGGCGUCCUUUACCACCUCUACUCCGGCUUCCUGGCCGGCCGCUUCGCCUUCUUCAUGCUGAGCGAGCCGGCGGCGGGCGGGCCCGAGGCCCCGCGCGGCUCCGCGCCCGCGGGCGCCGUGGACCUGCGGGACCUGCUGGCCGUGUCCGUGCUGGCCGCCGUCAGGGGCGGCGAGGAGGUGAAGCGGGUCCGCGAGGGCAACGUGCUCAACGAGAAGGCCAAGGGGAAGACGCGGGAGGGGGCCGAGGAGAAGCUGACGAGCGGCGACCUGCUCUCCAACCGCAAGAUGUUCUACCUGCUGAAGGGCGCCUUCCCCGGCGUGCAGAUAAAUUCUGAAGAACAUGUUGAUGCAGCUGAUCAGGAGACAGUCUCUUGGGAUCGUAGUAUUCCUGAAGAUAUAAAGAAAAAAAUACAACCUACAGAGGUUCCAGCAGAAAGCGUUACUGUCUGGAUUGAUCCGUUAGAUGCUACACAAGAAUACACAGACGAUCUUCGACAGUAUGUCACAACAAUGGUUUGUGUGGCCGUAAAUGGUAAACCCGUAAUAGGAGUGAUACACAAGCCUUUCUCGGCAUAUACAGCCUGGGCGAUGGUGGAUGGCGGGUCAAAUGUAAAAGCUCGUUCGUCCUACAAUGAGAAAACCCCAAGGAUUAUUGUAUCCCGCUCUCAUGCAGGAAAAGUAGAGCAGGUUGCACGGCAGACAUUUGGAAAUAAAACUGUGAUAAUCCCCGCUGGUGGAGCAGGUUAUAAAGUGUUGGCCCUCCUUGAUGUGGCUGAAGAGAAUCAAGAAGAAGCUGAUGUGUAUAUCCAUGUCACAUAUAUUAAGAAAUGGGACAUAUGUGCUGGAAAUGCUGUGUUGAGAGCAUUGGGUGGCCAUAUGACUACCCUGGCUGGUGAAGAAAUUAGUUACACUGGCUCAGAUGGCAAUGAGGGAGGACUUAUAGCCAGUAUCAACAUGAACCAUAAAGCACUGAUUGAAAAACUUCCAAAUCUGGAAAAAACAUCACGCAAAUAAACUUGGCUGGUGGAGAAGUACAAGUAAUGCUUUUGUAGUCUCCAGAUGCUCUGUCUGAAGAAGCAGGUGUGAAAACCUGCAGGGAAAGAUGCACAGCAAAGCAAGCAAUUUGGUGAGGGUUUGGGGACUAUAGAGUACAUUGGGUUGCUUGAGUGGUGGUAUUAAAAAAAAAAAAAUUUGGAAGUAGAAAGGUGACUGACUGCCUCACACCUCAGUUUCCAUGUCUUAUUUUUUAGACUGUUUUCAUGCAGUUCUUAUACUCAAGGUGCAUAUACAGUAUGUAUUUGGGAAUAUAGGUGAACUAAAAGGAAAACCCAAAUUGGUUCAUAAAAUAACCAAAGUAGUUCUCACAGGAAUUUCUUUGAACCUUUUACAUCUUGUUACUGUAGUUUUAGCAGCUCCAUAAUGAAUUAGGUAGAAAAAAAGAUUGAUUUAUGUAACCAUUUGAUAACUGUAAACAAUUUAGCAGGAAAUAUGACCUUGUGUUCUAUAUCCCCUGAACAGAAAGCACAAGAAGGCUGACACAAAUCUGUAUGCAGCAACAGUUUAUCUUUGACAGAGUGGCACUCUUUCUGCUUUUUAAGAGAAAAAAGAAAUGUUCUGUACUAUUUUGACAUUUUUCCUGAAGAUGUAAACCAGUUUAGUUCAGACAAGUUGUGAAUAUUGGUGUUUUAUUAAUCAGUGUAAUUAUUUCCAUAUACCUUUUUAAAAGAAGGCAAUGUUUCCUUGUAUAGUUUUUAACAAUUAAUUCUUGUCUUUGAUUUCUGUGUACAGUGUUGAAGGUGCAUGCCAGAUUUUUCUCUAACGUUGGACUUGUUCAUCAUUUGGUGUUUAUACCUGUAGAAGCAGCCUCUUCCUUCCACAUCUAUUUUUUUCCUUGAGCAAAGUCAUAUGGAAUGAGUUUGAUGGGAAUAGUGAGUUGGUUGUUUUCAUUUACACCAUGAGAUAGAAACCAGCAGUUUUUCUAGAACCCCAUAAUAACCUUCGUCCCCUAGCUUAGGAGGUAUUUGUUUCUGCAGAAAGUUCUUGAGUCAUCCUGAACAGUCUGUGGUUACUUCAUUUGUGGAAAUUAGCACAAUGCAUAAGACCAUUUUCCCAUAACUCUAAAUUUAGUUUAAGCGAUUUUGAAGAGUAUGUGGCAUUUGAAGUACAGGAAGAUGACAGCAUUGUUCAAUAAAGUUUUGUGGAACUGAGUCCAGUAUACACAGGACAGAACCCCUUUGAUAUCAAAGAACAAAUUGUUGCAUCUGUAAAAUAUGUGAACUUUUAUCUGCUGAAAAUGUAACUGUCUCUAACAUUGUCCUUUCAACCACUCUUAAAGGACUUCAGGAAGUUAAAAAGUACCUGUUCUGUGAAUAUCAAUGGGUAAGCUUCCCAUAUAUCUUCAAGAAAGCUAAAAUUCUUAUUUAAUACAAACAUUUUCUGUUUGAAGUUUAUUCAGUAUAAGCAUAGGCUGUUUAAACCAAAUUCAUAUUCCCCUGGUAAAUAUCUUAAUUACUUGCAUCUUAAUUUUUUCCUCUAUUGCUGUUCUGAUUAAGAGUGUUUUUCUCCCUACAUCAAUAAUGGUGCAUGUAAUACCACUUUUAAUACUGUUAACUUCUAGCUAGUGUUCACAUUUCUGAAGGACCUCCUCAGAUGUUACAUAACUACAGAUAUAAACUUUCAGUUACUUUUAUUUUGUAAAGUUACAGGCAAAGUAGACUGAAACUUAGUCCUACUAGCCUUUUGGUACGGGUAGGUUUUUUUCCUGAUACUUUUUUUCCCCAAAAUUGUCACUAUUGCUGCUGUUCGAGAAUAGCUUUUACAUGUGUGGAUAAUAUACACACAAAGCAACUUAACUUCCAAUUUUAAAAUUUAAUAAACUGCUGUAUGCUACAACAAAUAAGUGAAUAUGCCCUUCUUAAUAAGGGGCUUAUUUAUUUCGAAAACUUGUUGAGCUUCCAAAUCUCAAUGAAGAACAAAAAUCUAGAUAUUUAUCAAGGCUUUAGUAAUAUUUUACAGGAAGACUGCAGCUUUUUUUCCUUCAGGCUGCUUUAAGUGACUUAAAGCCUAAUAAAAAGGCAGCUCUUCUGUUUAUUAGUUAAACAACAUGGGUUUAAAUUUAGAUAUGAGAAAUAGCCAUAGUAGCCUAUUAUAAAAACCUGAGUGUGUCACUAAGGGUGAAUGCACAGUGUUCAGAUAGACAAUAAGACAAAGCUUGUGGGAGAUGGUUGUUUUGCAUUCAGGUUGAAAGUGUGUGUUAGUUUUCCUCAUGGAAGUAUGACUGCUUUUAUUUUGGGUAUGAUUCCUUGCAUAAGCUGUGGUCAGACUUAGUUUCCACAUGAAAAAUGGAGAAUAGGUGAAGAUUACAUAUCUUGGGCUUACUUGCAUUUUAGUUGAAGGUACACAGCAGGUAAGAGCAGUAUUUGCCUAAUUAAUUUCUCCCUGGGAGGAUAAAGAAGGUACAAAGGUAAACUUCAGCCCUCCUUUCCUUCAUCCCAUUUGCUGACUAAAAUAUCUAGUCUUUCAUCAGGAAGACUUAAGCUUGUUUAAACCUGAUUAUAUACUGAAGUUCUUUAUUGCACUGGAUCAUAGUGCUCAAUACCUUUCAGUUUUGGACCCUUAUUGGACCAUGCUCACUUCUGCUACAAGAAAAGGAGGAGAUGAAAGUGAGGUGCCCACAUAACUGCUUCUGGCAUAGUCUGAGCACAUACAGCUUUCCCAAAGCUAAGAUCUAAGGUGAUGCUUGGAGUCCCCCAGUGAAGCCUGAAGAGCAGCUUCUUUCACAUGAGUAUUGUCAGGCUCCUGGUGAAUAUCAACUUCUGAUAUUGUCAUUUUACAAUAAAUGCGACUUUUGCACAGGCCAGGGAGUAUCAAAAAGUGCUUGCUUAGUGCAUGUGUGUCCUCACUCUUGGAUAUUUGUAUGUAUAAUAUUAAUACCCAGUAUAUGUUAUUUCUUUGACCAUGUUUGCACUGUUUUAAAACACUUUGCUGUCCUGGCUUGACUAUAUGUUUUGUUUCACCUGUGUGGAUGUGACUUAAGUUUGUGCCCAGAGUGGCAGAAAAUCGUACCACAACAUGUCACUGCAGGGCUAUAACAUUGUUCUUUGCAUUCUACCCUCUUCCACAUAAAGCCAUCAAAUCAUUUUUAGGGAUGCUACUUAAAACAAUAGCACAGUAUAGGUGAGUCCUACAAAAGUACGUCUUUUCUAAAAAAAAAAAAAAAAAUUAAAAUCUUUCACUGUAUCAUUCUGGCUGCAAACAAGGAAAGUAAGAGAAUGUAUUGUUUUGGCAUUGUUUUUUCAUUGGCUGUUUUUUGUUUGAAUGGAUAUUAUGAACAAAAUAAUUGCAAGUGAAAUUAUUCUAAAGCUGUGUGUAUUAUUAUUUUUUUUAAUCAUUCGGCUAAAAAGAGUGAAUGGUAGCAUAGAUGAUACCUAGGACUGUAUCAAGAGUCCUAACUUGCAUUCCUUAAAUUAAGGUUUUUUAAUUAAAUUGACAUGGAAAUAAAAGGGUUGAAAAUUGUACUUAACUGAUUUCUAGUUCAACAUAUUUGCCAACCUUUUACAGAAGAAUUAAAUAAGCACAGUUUGUUUUGAUCUAUAGAGCACACAAAAAUACUGAAAAUAGUUAGCAGAGAGAGCUUGGUUGAUGAAUUUCACCAUAUAAGUGAAGCUGAGAAGUCAUCCAGUGAUGUUAUUUCAUAUAUUUGCUCUUCCUUUAUUCAUUUAGUCAUUACGGUCAUUAGAGUAGCUCUCUUGAGGACAUAUUUUUCUGAUUUCCUUCUGAUUUGAGAAGGCUUUUUUGGUUUGUUUGUUUUCCUUUUAAUAGUCAGUGGCUGGAGAUCAGAAAUAUGGAGGGGAGUCAUUACUGGGGUUCAUCUCUGCUUAUUUAUAGAUUUUUCUCAUUAAUUGAGAACAUCAGGUCUCCUAACAUGUUUGGGAUCCUGUUAUAUCUGUUGGAGUUAUACAACAGCACUGUAAUACUCCUGAUUUAACAGUAUAAAAAAGUCUGCAUCCCCCAGAGUAAUGCAACAAGAAGUCACUACGUAUUGAGCUGGGCCUAUUGUGUGUUAUGCCAGACCAGGCUUGCUAUUUCAUUGUCAUGUGCAUGUGGUUCCAGUUGCAAUUUUUCUGAUGGCAAAACCUUUUAUAGGAUACCGUUCCCCCCCCCCCCCCCAAUUAUGCCCUACCUUUUCGUGGGUCUAUUUUCUAAAGUAAACUAGAAAAGUGGAGAGGGAAGAAGCAGACGGCUGUGCUAGAAAAAUUGUAACAGAGAACAUUUCCAUUUCUUGCUUUAAAUUCUUUUGUUAGUUUCUUUUCUCUUUUCCUUAAAGGUUUAGAUAACCAUACAGUUAAAAUUUAACGAACCAUAGACGAAUGCCUCUGUGAUUUUAAGCUCUAGCAGGAUGGGAGAGAAGAAUUUCUCCAGCCAAGGAAAGCCUGAAUGUUUUCCUUUCAGGUUGAGCCUUCCUCGGUGCUUUGUUAUAGAGAUUUAGGACCUUACAUAAUUAUAAAUUUGACAUUGCCAAAGUCUCAUUCAUAAUCUGUCUUCUGACCUACCAUCCUGAAUGAUAAAACUGCUCUAUAUCCAGUUCAUUUUGAUUUAACUUGCUGAGACAAGAUUGCACUAACUCUGAGGACUCAUAAAGAUUGCUUGACUUUUGAACUACAUCUUCUGUAUGGCAGCUGUUAUAAUGAAGUGCUAGCACCUGCUAAGAAUGUGUUCCCAUCACACAAGCAGCUAGUACCACUCACAGUUCAUAUUGAGAGACUGUUGAAGCCCUAAACUUCAUGAUUUUCAGUUGUCAUACUAGCUUUUUCAGCUUUUCUGAGAGGUUCGGAAGUGUUUUCCUCUGGAGUGUCUUAUCUCUGGAGCCAGCAAUUGGCAGCCACUUUUCUCUUUACUGUUCCUCAUUUUCCUACUGCUUUCUGAUCCUUGCUCCUUUCUUAUUCCAUGUGAACAAGAGAAAUGAGAGCUCGGAGGUGGAAACAAUCCAAGAAAGAGAGGAUGAAGGCAGCAAAUUACCCAGUCCACUUCAUCCUAAAAACUAUUAAUGUUUUAGACCAAGGUCUAAAGUGUUGAUCCUACCAAAAAUGUGAUAGAUUCCAACAAAAUAAAUGCAAUUUAGAGUUUUAUGUGAUUGUUGGUGUAAUAAUGCUGAACAUCCAGAAAAGAUGCAGAUGGACUAGGGAGUACAAGUUAAACGAUCUUAAAAAGGAGAAGAGAACAGCCUUUCAAUGUUCUGUUGCAAGCAUUUCUCAUUUCUGUCCUUCUGAGUACAGAGCUUUGCUUAUGAAAGAGGCUCCGUUGGCUCAAUGUAAAAGGCCUGAUUUUAUUGAAGUCAGUAGCAGAAUUCCCACUGCUUUCAAUGUGAGCAGAAGCAAGCACAGUAAAGAACAAACAAUAAAUUAAGUUCUAAAGAGCUCAACUUCUGCCAAUAGUGCAAACAGUCUGUGUUAUGUUACACUUAACUCUUAUGGCUUAUUUCAGUCUACGUUACUAGAGGACUUGGAAACAUUUAUCAUCUGAGCAUCUCAGCUUUCUAACCCCCCCCCCCCCCCAACUCUUGCAAAUAAACUUGUUUUCAGCCCUGACUGUUCCUUAUUUGUAAUUCAUGUUUCUUUUCCCCACAAAGGACCAGUAACACUCUGGCAUUUUUCCUGUUAUCCCAGCAAAUUGUAUUAGCAUUUUCCAGUUGUGUGCCAAAUUGAAAUAAUUCUAUAAAUAAACUCUCUGGAAAAUG